AUGCAUUUCCUGGCAGGCGACUGCUGGGCGUACGCAGUGGUGGGCAGCAUCGAGGCUGCGCUCGGCAUUCUCGCCAACACUGCAGUGGCGCCAGUGCUGUCAGUGGAGCAGCUCAAGACCGCUAUGAAGGUCGGCUGCUCUGGCAGCACGCCCUCUCAGGCCUUCCAGCUGCUACUCAAGCUGGCACAACAGGGAGGCGGGCUCAUGCCGGAGAGACAGUGGACAAUCAAGAACGGCAAGAAGCCCGUAAAGGCAGGCAACAGCAGUCCACUCUGCGUGCCGCUCAUGAAGCCACUGGCGAAGCUGUUUGGUGUGUCGUGCGACAAGGGCGGCGCUGGCGCUCCCCCCGGUGGCUUCCCCAUCAGAGGCUUUGAGUCGACGUCCUUCUACGGCUGGUUUGGGCUGCUGCUGGCCGUGCAGCGGCAGCCAGUGGUGGUGCAUAUUGAGGCUUCUGCUGCGUCCUUCAAGGAUUACGAUGGGCUGUCCAAGUACCAGGACCCAGCGUGCUUCACGUACAACCUGAACCACGUGGUGCUGCUGGUGGGGUACCGCUUGGUGGGAAAGGACUCGCGCUUCCUCCACAUGGCACCGCCCUUCUGGAUCAUCCGCAACUCAUGGGGGCCUGACUGGGGCGAUGGGGGUCACAUGCGCAUGGACAUCGAGGGGGGGGGAUGGCGUCUGCGGCAUCAACUCCCUGCCGGGCCUCUACCCUCCCUCUUAGCAGCAAGACUUCUUGUAUCCUCUCACUGCUCUCAUGGUCUCCCAAUCCUCCCCUUCCCUCCCCUUCCCUCCCCUUCCCUCCCCUUCCCUCCCUUUUGCUUCCCUUCUUCCCUACCCAUCCCUUUCCACCCCGCCCCACCGCGCCCCUCAUCAGAGGAUGCAUGCAAGGCAGCCAAGCGCAACCCGUGUGCGGUGGGCACGUGUACCUUCUCCUGUGCUCCAAGUACCUUCUCCUGUGCUCGAGUGUGCAUUCGCAACACGCUGCGCUUAAGGGUCCGCCUCGACCCCGCUCUCCUCCUCAUCGCUCGAGUCCACCUGCAGUUCCAUUCUCUGUCUUUCAGCUCGUCACUCAGCUCCUGCCCCUCCACGCCCGUGUGGGUGCAUGCCGUGUCUCUCGUGCCUCUCAUGCCCGCGUGGGUGCAUGCCAUGUCUCUUAAGCUUCUCCCUCGUUGUGUGCAGCCAUUGGUAUCGUGUGCAGACCCCAUCCCACCCUCAACGGUGCUCAAAGUGUCCAGCCCAGCCUCUCUCAUCCCCUGCUCCGUCUUCUACACCACUCAGCAGGUCCCUACCUCGAACCCUUCCUGCCUAUGCGCCAACUUCCCGUCUCCUUCCUGGCUAUGCGGAGACACCUGUGCGGCAGUAGCCGAGUACUUCCAAGUGGACUCGUCUUGCCCUUCUGUCACCUGCACGGCUGCCUUCCAGGCGCUCAACCCCAGCUUGGACUGCACUGCCAAUGGCGGGCUGCUGCAGCCCGAGCACGCGGUGUGUGUGGAGCGCAAAAGGGAUAAUGUGGGGCUCAUCCCAGUGUGCUCGCAGAACUACCUGGUGCAGAGCGCAGAGACGUGCAAGUCCAUCCGCAACGUGCCCUACCCCCCUCUGAGCCCCAUUGACUUCUUCCGCCUCAACCCCGGCAUGAAGUGCAACCGUCUCAUUUCAAUCACCGACGUUGGCAUUUUCACUGGCUUUGAGGGCACGUGCCCGCGUGCGAAUGCGUAUGUGGUGGGGACUGGCGACAGGUGCACGGCCAUUCAGGUGAAGUACUUCCGGGGCAUCAAGGGCUGCUACAGGAAAGUCAACGGAUAUGACUGCAUUGACAAGCUCAUCAAAGCAACCCGCGUGUGCCUACCUGACAAAGUCAAGCUUCAGAAAGGAGUGUGCGACAACUGA